AGAAAUUAAAAUGCUUAACUGUUUAGAAUUUCAAAAAAGAAUGAACUGCCAAUUUAUUGGAUGCAUUAAUCAGAGGGAGCACUACUGUGAGAUCCAUGAACAAGUCAUCUGUGGAAGCUGCCUCAAUAAUCACCAUUACGACUGUGAAAAUCCUGAAGCCCCUAGAGAAGACGGCAAGAAAGUUGUGAGAAUCUUGCAUAAAGAUAAAGUCAAGGAGUUGAUUCAGAAUAUUGAUAUGGCUUUUACUCCCUUCUUCCACCAGAAAAAGAAAGGGAACAUGGAAUUAGUUGAAGAUUUCUCAAAUAGACUCAAGAAAUUUGAAAUGGAUUGGGACCAUUUGAAGCAAGAUACAAUGCAAGUUUUGAGAGCUGAUGACUUCCUCAAGUAUAAAGACUGUGAAAACAGGAUUAAAAUGUUCUUCCAGAAAUUCAAAAGGUCAGAUCUGUACAAGGAAUUCGCCAUUGACCAGCUCAAUAAAUUGAUCCAAAAUGGUUGCUCCGAGCUAGACCAGAAAUGUUUCAAGAAAAUGAAAGAUGAUCUUGAGCAAGAAUACUGAGACCUAAGGAAGAAGCUCUACAUAGAAAACCAGGCAAGAAUUCAAAAGUUUGAAAGAGAAAAGGAGAAGCUCAUUGCCAGUUCAAAUAAUAAAGAAAUUUUAGAAGAGAACGAGCAAUUCAAAAAUGAAGAGAAAGUGCUCAAAUCUGAAAUAAGAAAACUGAAUAUUGAGAUCAACAAGCGUUCCUCUGAAGAAGAGAAACUUAAGAAAACCAAUAGUGAACUUAGUGCUCAGAUAGGACGGCUGAAGGAGAAGGUGCAGGAGAUUACUGCUGAGAAAGAGAGGAUGAAUGUUGGGUUGAAGAAGGUUAAAGAGCAGUUGGAAGAGGAAGUGCUGGAGAAGAAGAGAGUGAUGCAGUCUGUUGGGGAUAUUACAAAAGAGAAAGAUAAAAUAGAAAAAGAAUUCAGGAAAGCUGAAAAAGAGGCAGAAGAUCUCCAAGAAAGAAUUAAGAAACUUGAGGAUAAACCCAAGAAAGUAUCUAUGGAUCUUCCAAAAAUAGACGAAGAUACUAUAGACUUGCAAUUCAAUGACAAAGACUACUCUUCAAAUAAUCAAUAUCAACCUUCGAGAAAUACUAAUCAUAGCUCUGAAGACUCUUCUUCCUUCAUAAAUCUGCCCCCUAGCGAUUUUGUGAGUAGAAAUGAUAGUGCAAACAUGCCAUUGACUCAUAACUAUAAUCCUUCAAGAACCUAUCUGACUUCUCUUAAGAAAGAAAACAACGUCAAGCGUUCUGCAUCUAGGAAGAGAUCUUGCUCCAGAAAAAAUCGCUAUAAACACAUAACCACUGCAGCAAUGUACCAAAACCCCACAAAGAACCUCAAGAUCCCAUCCAAAAUAAUUCAGUUUCCAAAACAAAAGUAACAAUUC